UCCUCAACCGCCAAUUCCGGUGGUACAGCGACCUUGGAACAACCAACGACCGGCCUCAUCGCUCGCCUUUCAUCCAGCAACGCCUCACAACUCGUCGAUCCCGCAAGCCCAAAUGCCGGCAGAAACGUCGUUUCGGCCCCGCAACCAUGUCUAAGGCAGCCGGCGCCCAGGUCAUCGCGCAGCAGCCGAUGGACCGCGGCAUCCCCGUUGGCCUCAACGAGGCCGCGCUCGACUCGCCCACGUUCCGCGCCUCCGCCGCGCACUUUGCCGAGCAGAUCGACGCCCUCGAGAAAUGGCUCAACGGAUACGUCUCCUCGACGUCGCGGUUGGUCCACGACAUCCUGGCGCUGGAGGAGUCGAUCAACACCUUCCUGGCCAAGACGAUGCCGUCCGCCGCCGACGGCAUCAUCGAGAACGACUAUGCCUUCCUCGCCCUGAAACGCGUCGGCGACGGCCAGCGGGAGUGCUGGAUGCAAACCCUGAGCACCAUGAAGAAGAUGGACGGCCUCGUCAUCGAGCCAAUCCGUGCGUUCCUCGGCGGCGACUUGCGCAACUUCAAGGAGAUUCGGCGCAUACUCGAGACCACACAGAGGGCCUAUGAUGCGACCCUGGCGCGCUAUGUCGGCCAGUCCAAGACAAAGGAGCCUUCCUCUCUCCGGGAGGACGCCUUCUCCGUUUACGAAAACCGCAAGGUCUACAUCCAGGCCUCCAUGGACUACUGCCAGCUGGCGCCUCAGCUGCGCUUCACCCUGGACAAGCUCCUCGUCAAGGUCUGCAACGAGAUGUGGAAGGAGAUGAAGCGAUCAACUGAUGCCGCCUCCAACGCGACGCGCUGGGGACGGGAGAUGGACCGGGUCCGUGGCUGGUCCAAGGAGAUGGAGCUGUCCGAGGGCGUCUUCAAGCGGGAGCUGCAGAAUGCGAGAAGGGAGCUCGGCGAGACCACCUUUGAAGAGUUCAAGCCCUCGCGCGAACUGGACGACUACAGCACAUCCACGGUGCCCUACCUGGGUUCUCGGGGGCCCGUGAACAUGCGCGUCAAGGACCAGACCGCCGUCAUAUCGGAAAAGCAAGGCUGGCUCUUCCUGCGCAUCAUCACCGGCAAGCCUGUGCGCUACAGCUGGGUCCGCAGGUGGUACUAUUGCCGCGAAGGCGUCUUUGGCUGGCUCACGCCCGGGCCGCAAGGCGUUCUGCAGGGCGACGAGAUUGGCGUCUUGCUGUGCAACGCCAAGCCGGCCGUGGGCGAGGACAGGCGCUUCUGCUUCGAGGUCAAGACGAAGAACCAAACCAUGAUGCUGCAGGCGGAGACGCAGAGGGAGCUCAUGGAGUGGAUGGAGGUGUUCGAGGUCACCAAGAAGAAGGCCUUCGAGGCGAGCAUGACGCGCGACUCCAACCCUCUGUCUAGCUCUGUCGACCCCGCGUUCUCCAUAACGCCCCCGAGCGCCCCCGAAUUCUCGGCCAAGGCCAUUGACAACCCCGUCGGGGUGCCUGACGAGGCUGGGCCUGGCUUUGAGCGCUCUGCGACACUCGGGGUUCCCGGUGGUCAGGAGGGUUCGAGACAAAGCAUGGAUGCUAAUAGCACCCUCAAUCGGCGUUCGUUCACUGCACUAGGGAAGGAUCUGGCGACGAGAGAGGAGGGCGAGAGCGGCCGCGAGCAUGCCGCGAGAAUCAUACAGAAACUUGACCUUCAUCGCAAGACCACGUUCGGCGCAGGUGUCGAACCCGGCCCUGCGACACCAGCAAAUCCGGGCGGCGGCAUCGCGAGCCUCAUAUCGGCCAGCCACAACCUCUUGCCCGUUCAUCCUAGCUUGACAAGCGCCUCUUCCAAGCAAUCAAGUAGUGGAUUCAUGCUUACCCUUGACAACGUGCCGGGCUCACUCGCUCCGCCCACGCUUGCGAGGCCGCCCACGAUGACGCACCUUAGCCGGACGGCCGUGGUCGUGGCCGGAGAGCGCGGCUCCAUUACCAGCAGCCGCAAGCUCCCGACCUCAAUCGUGGCCAAUUUCUGGGGCAGCAACGUGUGGGCAACGAUGAACGCUCCGGAGCAGCCAGUCCUGCCGCGGCUGGACGACGACGAUCCCAUCGGCGUCGUGGUGCCCGAAAGUUCACAGACGUCUCUAGGCAAGGCCGCGGAGGAGCAGGCCGACAGACCCUUCCCCCGAAACUAUCCGCCGGAGCUGAGAGCACAGAAUGCGCAAUUCCGACUUCUCUUCCCGGACGCACCUCCCGGAGAGAGGCUGGUGCUCGUCUUCCGAGCCGCGUGGACAAGCUCCAUGGAGCGGGACUCUCCCAACGAGACCCUGUCAGGCGAGGGCAGAAUCUUUGUCACGCCAGACAACAUGUACUUUUAUAGCCAGCAAAUGGGGCUUGUAACGGCGUACAGCAUACACUUGGACAUCAUCACCGAGGUCACGACGGCCGCCGGGAAGGACUGCGACUUCAUUUUCCUGCACCUUGGCCAGGACACCAACGAGACGGGCUACACUCGGAUAACGCUCAAGGUGUUCUUGGACGACCUCAAUCUGCUGCAUACGCGGCUCAACUUCCUCAUCGACAACUUGCAGGCGGAAGAACCCCUGAACACAGAAGGCCUCAUCUCGGCACUCGUCAACGUCGACAGGGACGAGUUUGACAAGCCGAGUCCGAGCGCCGACAGCUGGGAAGAAGUGUCCUCGACGACGCCCAUAGACGACGGGACGUCGUUUGGCAGACCCGUGGGGCGUCACCACGGCCAUCAGCAUCACCACCACCACGGCUACCACCAGCUCGGGCACCACGCGCACGUGGGUACGUCCAAGCCUCGCCUCAGACUUUCGCAAAAGCUGCAUCUUCCUUCGCAGCCCGUCGAGUACGAGCCAGAGGGCAUGGCGGAAAUGGCUGCCGACCGUCACUUUGAGAUCAGCGCCAAGGCGUGUUUCCACGUGCUCUUUGGAGACAAGAGCUUUGUCUUUCCGAAGUUGUACUUUGAGCGCAGGGCGCAGCAGAUUGCGCAAGGCCCGUGGGUGCUCGUCGACCAGGGACGCAUGCGCCGGGACUUUCACUUCAAGGUCGACUACGUGGACAUGCUUGGGCGGUCCAAGUCGGAAGACGUGGAUGAUUGCCAGACGAUUGACGUCUACAGCGAUCACGUCACGUACGUGGUUACGCACACCAAGACGGCCUGGCAUCUACCACAUUCGCGAAGCUUCAAGGUGGUGACCAAGAUUGUCAUUACGCAUGUGGCCAAGUCGAAGUGCAAGCUCGCAAUCUUCGUCGGGAUCGACUGGUCCAAGGCGCCCGCGCUGUCCAAGAACCUGGUGGAGCGUCAGGCGCUGCACGACGCGGCCAACGACGCCGAGGAGCUGGCCGAGCUGGCGACAGACCAGGUUCGCAAGCUCGGCCCGCGAAGCCGCACCAACCGAGCCAUCCAGGUGUACGGCCAUGUCGGCCAGCAGACUCAGGUGGUGCUGUUUUCGCCGGCCGCGACGGACUCUACCAAGAAGCAGGCCAUCUCGCCGCGCACGCUGACGGCAAUGCUUCUCGAGACCGUCAGGUCAUUUGCGGAGAGCGCCGUCUCGUCACUCAUCAUGUGGGCAUUCGCGGCGCUGAAGAAGCUGUUUGGGGUCAUCUCGGCGCAACGGGUCAUUCUCUUGCUGCUGGGGUUGAGCGCGCUGGUCAACGUGCUGCUGACGUCGACGGAGUCUUCGACGUGGUGGAAGGAGAGGAGCGCGGCGAGGUUCAUGCGGACAAUGGGUGUCGCGCCAAAUCCCAUGAUGAGCAGAGCAAUAUACUUUGCGGACCUGGACCGGGCUUCGGGGGCGGCGGGCAACGAGCCGACGUUCCCGGCCAACAGCACGUGCUUUGAGACGUACAAGGAGCUCCUUGACGCGACGGCCAUGGACGCGCCCUGGGAGGACGCAGGCGCGGCGUUGACGUCGUCGUCGAGCCGUGCGACGGCGCGCCGGCUGCGGCGGACGCGGCAGAGGCUCGGGUCGUACCGACACGACCUGCUGGUGGCGAUGCGCGUGGUCAACAGCAUCGAGAGAGAGAUGCUGCAAUCUGAGUGGGAGAAUUGGCUCAUCAACGAGAAGUCUUUGUGUGACGGCUUGGACUCGCUGCUCGAGAAGGGCAGACCCAGGGGCGCGGACAAGGCGGCACGGGACGGGUCAUCGACGCAGAAGGUUCUGGGCUCGCUGGACAAGGGCAAGAAGGAGGCUCUCGAGGAGUGGAGAAAGGGCCACUGCGGGAGCUGUCGACGGGAUUUGGAGGCUGUGAUGAAGGAGAGGAUGGUCAACCACCUGUGAGGCGGGGAUGGUUAUGAGCCUGUACUACUUCGUUCUUGGUCCAGC